UUGCCGGGCUGCACUCCUCUCCUCUCUUCUCAGCCCAACCUCUUUUCACAACCCACCUGCAGCCCAUCUGAACCCCCCCUCCGUGCUGGACCGUCAGAUCGCGAUCGGAGGCUCCGAGACGCUCCUAAAACCCCCCUAAACCCAAACCCUAGCCAUCCCUGCCUAUAUAUGGACAAUCCCUUCCAAAUUUGGCAGCCUAGCUCUUCCCCUACCUCCCUGCCGCCUCCCUUCUCAAAUUCCGUGCCACCAGCCGCCUUCCCCUCCAAAUUCGGCGCCAGCCACCUCUCCAGCGCCACUUGCCAGCCACCCAGUCGCCGGAUCGGCCUGCCGCAGGCCGCCACCUGGCUCCCCGUCGCUUCAGCCGCGCCUCCCAUCGUGCGGGCCCGCUUGGCCCAUCCGCGGCCCGCAGCUCGUCCCCAAGCUCGUCGCUCGAUCCCGAGCUCGUCGCCGUGCACCUCCCGUCUGUCCUCGUCGCUCGAGGCCACCGGAAUGCCGCCGUUCCUUGCGCCGGCCGUCGACCAUGGGCGCUCCGCCGCCAGGCCAGUGCCCCAGCGCCCUGCUUUUUCCUCUCCUCUCUUUCUCCCUUCCUCACUCCCUCUGUCCCCUGCAGUUCCGCCAUGGGCGCCCGAAGACUGGAGCUCGCCGCCUUGGGUCACCAAGCUUCGCAUCCCAUCAGAUCUGGUCGUUCUUCGCCGGAUCCAUCCAGCCUCGCGCCGAUCUGCUCCGUUCCCGACGGCCUCCGCCCUUCUUGCCUCGUCCGCGUCAAGUCCUGCCGGCGCCAUGCCCAACCUCUGCGUCGGCUUUGUCCUAGAGACGAACGAACUUGUCUCGCUGCCGUUGACCGGGCCGGUUCGCCUCCAACCCACCCUGGACCGCCAAGACCCGGUUGAACCGGCCGAUUUUCCCGAGAACCAGCCCGGUCCAACCUCGCCCCGGUCCGCGUGAACCCUGCCCGGUUCGUCUCCUCCACCCAACCGGCCUCUGGGCCCAACGUGAGCGCCGUCACCUAUCCCGCGCCACGAGCAUAUUUCUGCCAUGCUUCGCCUUGCCCUGUUGCAGCCCGUUAGUGCUCAAUUUUGGCCCAUGUAGUGUUUUUUUUCUUGUUUGCGAUUUUAGCUAUUUACCGGAGCUUGCCAGUUUUAUAGAAAACCCCCCUAGCUUCAUACAUAUAAUUACUCACAGACGGUGCAUCGGAUUUAAAUAAACUUUAUAUGUAAAAUGUCUAGAAUUUUGUCUAGUUUAAUAAUAUCCAACUUUCAUCCAUGUUUAAAAUGUUUUAAAUGAUGUUUGUUUAAAUUUGCUUAAAUAACUUGUUAAAAUGUUUUAAUUCAUAACUAUUUAAUUGUAGCUCCAAAUUUAACAAAAUUUAUAUGUAAUUGGGGUAGAAAAAUGCCUAGUUUAACAUGGUGGCUUCACCUUGCAUGUUUAACCACUCUA